UGCAGGUUAUGCUCAUCUACAUUCUCCAAGACAUAGGGUCCAAUCACCUGCAUCAGACUGUAAAUGAUCUUAUCUUCUGCAACAUCUCCUGUGAACAAGGUUUUCUAUAAAGCAUUUUUCAGUUGCAUGAGAAUAAUUAUUCUGACCUGAACCAUCUUCAAGUUCCAACUACUUGGAAGACCUGCUUUUCCAUAGAUGAUUGCAGCUGCUGGCUGACCCACCUGAGACUUCACUACCUCUUCUUCUGAGUCUGUAUCUUUGACCUGUGUCACCUGACAGGGGGGAGUCCUGGAGCUAAUCCCAAUCUCAGUAGCCACAUGACAGUUAAUGCUGGACCAGAUCUCUCUUAAAAGCAGGAUGCUGGCAUUGCAGGACCCACAGCUAGACAAGCCCUGAGAAAGUGAAGGUACAGGAGACUGGACAAAGAAUAGGGCAUCGGCUUCCUAUCAAGAUAAACUUCCACUUUCUUAAUCUGUCAUUAAUAGAACUUUACACUGAUGGCCUCCAGUUCCCAGAAGGAGGGUGUCUGCUUCUACCUCCUUACCUUAUUGGGUGCUUGGGCAGCAUCUACCCAGGUAGGGGGCAGGAAAACCGAAUGCCCAUCAUGCGGAGUCCAAGACAAAGAUGUGAUGUUGGAGUUGGCCAAGCAACAGAUCCUACAGAAAUUACACCUAAAAGAAAGACCUAAUAUUACACAUCCAAUUCCUCGGGGAGCUGUGGUUAAUGCCCUGCGCAGAUUGCACUUGAGUAAACCAAGAAUGGAUGGGCUUUUUGGGUCCCCCAACUGGGACAGCAACUCAGACAAUUCAGAGGUGGACCAGCAGAGCUAUGAGAUCAUCAGUUUUGCAGAAUCAGAAUCAAACAAUGAAUCUAGUACAAUCCUGAAUUUCCAGUUUGCAAGAGAGGAAGAACAAAAUGUCCAUGUUCUCCAAGCACAUCUUUGGAUCUUCCUUAAACCAAAUAGGACUUAUCAGACAAACCAAACAUUAAAACUAUAUCUUGUCCAAGAAGAAUUUUCUCAACGUAUUAUGAUAAGUGAAAAAAACUUGGAACCUCGAUGGAGUGGCUGGCAAACAUUCUCAUUGAAGCAAAUGCUUCAGACAUUCCUUGACGGAGGAGAUAAAAGUCUAAAGCUGGAACUGGAUUGUGAAGGCUGCAAGGACCUUCCAGUCUUGGUCAACCUCAACGACUCCCACCAGCCAUUUCUAGUUGCCCAAGCUAAAGUAAGGGAAAGGAGUCACCAUGCUGCAAAGAGAAGCCUAAAAUGUGACCAGAACUCUAAUCUGUGUUGCAGGAAAGACUAUUAUGUAGACUUUAAAGAUAUCGGGUGGAAUGAUUGGAUUAUAAAACCAGAGGGUUACCAGAUAAAUUACUGUAUGGGUCUCUGCCCAGUGCACAUUGCUGGUGCACCAGGCAUGGCUGCUUCAUUCCACACCACAGUCCUCAAUCUCAUUAAGGCCAACAAUAUUCAGACAGCUGUGAGCUCUUGCUGUGUUCCCACCAAAAGGCGUCCUUUAUCCAUGCUUUAUUUUGACAGAAAUAACAACAUUGUAAAGACUGAUAUUCCAGACAUGAUUGUAGAAGCUUGUGGGUGCAGCUAAAAGCUUCCGAAGUUUUUUUUAAUUGAAAUUCGAACAGAGAGAAGCUGGCUUGUCUCUUUAAGAUUUAUAUCUGCUAGUACAAGGACAGAUAAAAAGAAAAUAUGCUGAAAAUAAAUUGCACAAGCCAUGUAAAGCAUUGCAAGGCCUCACAUCAUUUAAAUAAUCGGCCAUUUCUGAUGACAGCAUUUACGAAGGCUUCAAAGGCUAACACAGCUACUUGCCAUUUGAGUGUCACAUACCCAGCUAAGCGUAGGUACUAGUCAUUCACUACCAAACAAAUGACUAGCAUGGUAUUCUCUAUUCAGGCCAAAAAAUCCCCUAAUUUUCUGCACGUUAAGUUGUAGAUAACCAAAGAUUAUGCACUUAAGGAGACACUCCAGCCGUCAUGUGCCCUUUAAUGCAUAUAAGAGCUGAGUCUCCCCACACCCACAAACUACUUGGCUUUCAGGAGAUGUGUUUGGCCAACUGGUACAAAGGAUCCAAGU